ACCAAGCACCUCCAACAAUCCUGCACCAGGGCUUGCCUUUGCAUGCAGGCUAUGAGGGGCCUACUAACUAGCCAGGAACAGGAUGGCUGGAGAGAACUGAUUAACAAGGAGGUUUUCUGCAGGAUCAACUGGAAGGCAAAAUAUGGACGAAAAUGUACCCAGCGCCUGCCUGAUCAUGGCAUCUCCAGGCAAAAGUGUUUGUUUCCUGACAUCUACCUUCCCAAGGAGGACUCAAGCUCUAAAAAUCAAGAAGGAGUUCCCCAAAAGGAGGAUCGCCAGGCACCAGCAGAAGAGAAAGUUGGGCUAAGUCUUCAGGAGCCUCUUCCAGAGAUGAGGGUCCCAACCCCAGAGACCACACAGCUGCUAUAUAAGGGCUUCUCCCAUGAAGGUAAAGGAAGGCAGAAGUACCUCAAAGAGAGAAUGAUGAAGUCUCCUGAAGAAAAGUUUUGUUACCCGGUGCUGUCUUCGUGGGAGUAUGGUUGGCGCUUAGCCCCUGAGAUAUCGAAACACUGCUAUCAAACAUCAGUCACUUUGAUGGGGACAUGAGCUGCAAGGAAAACUGCUUUUGAAAAGUUGGCUGGUUCAAAGAAAGCUGCAGCGAACUGGUCUUGCAGGCUUGAAGACUGUGUAUCUAUAGAUGUUUUCUUACUUGGAGGUGCAUGUAGUAAAACAUCACUAUUCAUUAAUGUCCUCCUCUUCUAGGAUAUUUUACUGGCCGUCCUUGCUCUGUGGCUGGCAUCAGCCCAGCCAUUGCUAGCCAAAGCCCAAUUGCACUGCUAUUCCCUCCUCCCAGUCUUCCACCUGUUAGGACCUACGUGAGGCUGGGAGUAUCCUGCUGGACUUCCCAGGUCUUAUUUUCAAGGAAUCCACUAUUAGUAAACCCAGCAAAGAGUAGCACUCUCCAGAAAUACCACCUCCCAUCCCAUUUGUGGCUUCCAAGAGAGAAUGGCUGUCAGGAGUGCCAGCAAGUGGUUGACACUGUGGGUGUAGACGUGGACAAAGCUUCUGAAGUGAAAUGUCUCAACAAAGAUUUUUGAGAUUUGUUAUGAUUGGGGGCAGGAUUAAGCUAAUGGUAACUGGCCUAAAGGAUGGGAAACAGAGCAUGGGGAAAUGUAGAUGUUAAGAUAUUACUUCAGGAAGUAUGUAUGAUGAUUCUCAUAUGAUGGAUUUUUUUCCAGUUUUCUUUUGUCAUUGAAAUGGAGCAAUUGUUUUAUAGAGGUAUGGAGGGAAGAAAACUAAGAAAAUCUCAUUUUAGAAUAAAAUUAAUUUCUUUCUCUGCCAAGAAAUGUACAUUUCCCUCACUCUGAAGAAGAAAUUGAUUGUUGCUGGAUAAUAAUGUGUUGAUUUUUGACCUAGUCUCCCUUUUAGAUAUACUGUAUAUUUAAUAUUAUUAAGUUCAGAUUUAAUGAAAUUGUAUUUUAAAUAAUCAGCAUUUUGUUUUGUAGGAAUCCAUCCUCAGUGUUAAUUUAUGUAUGGGGUAGGAAUUCCAAACCUAGUUUUUUGCAUUGGGCCUAUAUUCCUUAAACCUAUCUCAGGCAAAUCUUUUUCUAAGUUGAUAAUUUUCAGGGGUUUUAGGACUAUGAUUUAGAAUAGAAUAGAAUAACAGAAUUGGAAGGGACCUUGGAGGUCUUCUAGUCCAACCCCCUGCCUAGGCAGGAAACCCUACACCACUUCAGACAAAUAGUUAUCCAACUAGCUUGAUUCCCUCUUCUUUGUGGCAGCCCCUGAGAUAUUGGAACACUAUCAUGUCUCCCUAGUCCUUCUUUUCAUUAAACUAGACAUACCCAGUUCCUUCAACCGUUCUUCAUAUGUUUUAGCCUCCAGUCCCCUAAUCAUCUUUGUUGCUCAUCUCUGCACUCUUUCUCGAGUCUCCACAUCUAAAGAGGUUGGCAUGAUAAAGACAUAUAGACAAAUGGAAAACAACUACUUUGCCCAUGGAUCAAAUCAAAGCACUAAUACAUUUGCUUACUUAUCUUCUGAACUUUGCUUUAUUGCAAUUUGGAGUCAUUUUACUACCUUAUACGCAGAAAUCAGAACAGCUCUAUGUGUGCAGUAGUGGUGGCAUUACCACCACCACUAGAAUCAGGUGGCUUUAUAUAUUGCUAAAAUAAAUAAAGUACUGUGAAUAUA